UGAUGCAUUUCUUGACACAAGGCUUUUGGUAUGCUAAUUUGACAUUAAUAGGAUUUUCUGAGGUGUGGGCUAACAUUUUUGUGACGUCAUUUUUAUGACUAAAACUGUGUCGCGUGCGUGAUUGAGACCUCAUUUGUGUUUAUUCCAACCAUAGACGCCGUAUAGUUUAGUCGUGUAGCGUAUGAAUGCGUUUCAGGACGCUGUGAAGUGUGAACCUACGAACAAUGCUUGGGACUCAAGUUUGAUAUAUUGAGUUGAAACAGACAGACGCAUGACAGGUUAUUAAUGAGCUGUUCAACCAAUUCUUGUCAUUAAAAUAGACGACUUACGAUUUACUGGACAUUUCAUUUACGUUAACCGUCUUUAACAUUACUGAAAGCCGUUUAGAAAGUGCAAGAACGUGUUUUAUUUAGUUUUGCGCCUGGAAUAAUGGUUGAGUUGAUUGCCAGCAGCGACGACGUGCAGAUGUCGGUCGCGAUAACACCAAUCAUAAUAGUAAGAGUAGUAAUAAUUUUCUCAAUCAUUUUAAAUUCCGAGCAUGACUGCCCACGCCCGUUAGAUUUAAUCCCCCCGACGACGGACGACCAUUUAUUUGGUAUUUGCCUGUUUAGGUCACCGGGAGAAAGCAGCGUGUUUAGUUGACGUGGCUAUCAGAUUUGUAUGUAAGGUACAAUUUAUUUGCGGGGUUAUAGGGCUUUUUGUCGGUUGUAGACUGUAUGGGAUAUUAUUGGUAAUUCUAACUUGAAUGACUCGUCUUUCCCUGGGUUUUUAUUUCAUAUUUCCCCAUUGCAAUAUCAGGGUAGCAGAUUAGCUCAGGUUCAACAACAUCACCAGGGUAUUUUGUGAACGUAUCAGAAUAUCGGUUCUAUUUUGAACGAAGUCAGUUCUGGGUGGUCAUUUUUGUACUAUUUUUGUGUUCUUACUAAUUACAACCGUUCGUAUUUGGUUUUGUAUUUCCAACCUAUCAUUGUGUUGAAACGUUGAAACCGUGUUUGGAUGAAACAGUAUCACAUACCAGUACUUUAGUAGUCUUGUUAAAAUGCUGUUUGUACUUAUUACAACACGUAACAUCAACUUAUUUAUUUGCUUACCUUAGCUUGUAAUAUAUAAUGUGUCGGAGUUGCACCAUAUGAUACCUUUUUUCUAUUCAACAUACUGUCUCUUUGAAUGUAUCUGUAAUCAAUCCCGCCAUGUUAUUUAGGUACGUAAUUUGAUCUCAUUCCGACGCUACACUAAUACACGGGUCAUAUAUGUUACUGAUAAAAUGUUUUUUUUUUUAAAAGACGGUCGUAUUGUACGGUUGUACCUCUGAUUCAAAACAUACCAGUUAAUUGAUUACUAGAGCUCAGGCUAGCGAUUUAAUUUCUAAAAUAUUGAAAGCUUUUGUAGCUAAGGUAACGCGAUACGUUUACUAUAAAAGACACUGCAAGAUAUAGAACAAUGAAGUAAAGAAACCGUCCAAAGAGCGAUUUGUGUACAAUAUAUACAACGAGCGGCGACAUGUACCUUUCGACAAUACCUCCCCCUUACUUAUAUAAAUAAGAAAAGUCAAAAAUGACUUUCAAUCGUAAAGCACCCAGAUAUUUUUACAAAGACGCUCAACGCUGGGGAUUUGUCCAGCAUAAACAUUCAACGAAGGAGUGUCGUGUAUUUGUUCCGUCAGUUUUGAGUGAAGGCGCCUUAAUUUGUACGCGUCGAUAGACUUGUAAAAAAUAAUAGACUGGUCACCAUAAAAUAUAGUUUGGAUUAUCUUUCGAGAAUUUGAAAACAUUGGGAGUUAUUUACAUAUGGAUGUACUGCAGAAAGUUGUGUUGGGAUUCUUUAUAAUCUAUUCAGUUAGGUUAUGAUUUAGUGUUUAUCGGUUGUAUUUUGUGUACAUGACGAUUGUAUUUUACUAAUUUUAACACAUUUAUUUUUAUUUUAGUGCCUUUAAUGUAAUAUAUUGUAAAUUCAAGAUAUAUUUAUUAUAUAAUUUAUUGAAUUGCCGUAAAACAAUCAGCAGUACUCACACAUUGCAUUAAACAACUGCUGGUACCCAGGAAUUAGAAGGACAUAUUGCAGUUCUAGCUUCGUUCAACCACUUCAAUCUACAUACACCCUAAACCGCGUCAUAUCCGCUUGGUUAUUGCCGAACAAGAAUACCGUGUGUUGAAUCAUCGACUGUGGAGCAACGCGUUUGCAACAUUUUGUAUAACUGACUAUUGACAUCUACAUAGUUCGAUACAAUAACAUAAAGUUUACAAGUGGCAGACGGUGACACACGCCACGCAAUGGCGUUACGCAGAAGAUCUUCGUCUUUUGGAGUGACGUCGCCAUGCCGACUUGGGUCUACGUCGUCGGCAAUUAAAACGGAAACUAGAAAUACGUCAUGGACAAACGACUUCACAGUUGAAAGUACAAUCGGAAGGGGGAAAUUUGCAGUCGUCAAGAAGUGCAUUGAGAAAUCGACCGGUCAGCAAUUUGCCGCCAAGUGCAUCAGGAAACGACGUCACAACCGGGAUUGCUCACCUGACAUUUUUCACGAAAUUGCAGUGCUUGAAAUGAGCACAAAACAUCCGUAUCUCAUCAACUUGCACAGAGUAUAUGAAACAACAUCAGAAGUUGUCCUCAUCUUAGAAUAUGCUGCAGGAGGCGAAAUAUUUGAUCACUGUGUUGGUGUGAAAGACCAGUUCACAGAAGCUGCUUCAAGAAGACUUAUGAUGCAGAUUUUAGAUGGAGUGACAUUUUUACAUGACAAUGAUAUUGUGCACUUAGAUUUGAAGCCUCAAAACAUACUCCUCACUAAGGAAGGGACGCAUCCUGAAACUGAUAUUAAAUUAGUCGAUUUCGGAUUGUCGAAAUAUAUCUGUCAUGGACUAGAAGUUCGAGAGAUUUUGGGGACACCAGAUUAUGUUGCACCUGAAGUCUUGAACUAUGAACCCAUCAGCACUUCCACAGAUAUUUGGUUACUUGGUGUUGUCACCUAUGUAAUGCUAACUGGAGUUUCGCCAUUUUUGGGAGACACAAAACAAGAAACGUUGAUGAACGUAACAACAGCGAUGUUGGAAUUUCCGCCCGAUUUAUUUGACUCUCUCUCACCAAUGUGUCGAGAUCUGAUUACGAAAAUGUUGCAGAGACAGCCAUGUGACCGCAUGACCGCCAAAGAUGCAAUAUCGCAUCCAUGGAUCACUGGAAUAACAUCGCCAGAAACACCCUUGAGAUUGGAAAAUGGAGGCAACGAAACCCAAAGCGACGAGGAAGUUUUUACAAAAGACGGGUCAAAGGUUACAAACGGCGAUUCUGGUAUCGAAUCUCCGUCAGAAAUUACAGACGCACCAGCUUACCCGAUUCUCACUGAAAUUAAGAAUGACGAAUCUGCUGCCGAAGCUGUUAACAAACCGGAAGUAAUUAUUUCCGAAUACGAAGCUGUUACUGACCCUUGCACUUCCGGUAUCGGCACUACCAGUGAUUUAUCCGCUACUGCUGAUGACGUCACUACAUUAGAAGAGGUUAGCCUCAGCAGCAGUCAGUCUUUGGACGAUAUGAAAUCAUCCGACGAACGUACUCAGUCGAAUCUGAGCGAGAGUGACAUACCAACGAUUACACUAGAAUCGGGUGUGGAUUACAACGACAAUAUAGUAGGCAAUUCCGAACUGGGUGUAGAACCAGAGAAGCAGACACCCUGCCAGGUUGAAACAAACUCUAGAAACGAUAUCCUUACAAAUAAUAAGGGCGACGAAAGCGCGAAUACGCUUGAUUUUUUAGGACAAUGCAGACGCCGACCGGGCAGUGAUAGUAGUAUUGAUAAUAUGCAAAUGCCCGGUACGUGCGUCACCGACACUCAUUUUGCUGAUGUAAUUCAUCAAGCACCUAUCUUGCCUCUCAAAGACGAUUCCACCCAUAUUGCCAGUCAACCUAUCACAGAGAGCCACGUUGCACAAUCUACGAACUUGAGCUGCUUUCCGGCUACUUGCUGCCCUUUACUGCCUUAUGCUAGUUUGGCGGCGAUUUAUACCAAAUCACCAGAUAACACUGAAAAUACAUCAGGUAGACGCGAAAGCGACAAAGAAAAUUUCCACCUGGAUACACCCCUUUUGCACCAUUUGUCAUCUAAAACGAAGAAUGAUUUAGAAAAUGCUCGUACCCCCACACCAUCCCCGACAUUAACACGUCUGACGUUGUCGUCGUGUUCCAAUUCACCGCAAACUCCGCUUAUGGGGUUAACCCCCCAAACUCAUCAAAAUGAAGCACAACAGCCUGUUUUAUCCCACCACUCAUCCAAAAAAUUCAAUCUUACAGUACAUGUCCCUCGUGGGUUAUUGACCAGUUUCAGUAAAAGCGGAACAAGUGUGGAUCCCAUCGUCACACGAGCUCCUAGUUCCGCAUUUUCGGCGACAACUUCGGAUGUCCCCCGAAGUACAGACCCGUCUUUGAAACGUAGAAAAUUUGACUAUUGCACAACGACUGACGCCAACGCUACUGAGAUUCAAGUAGCCGAUUAAAGAAAUAGUUUAAUUUCACGUAGUUACAUUAACCCGAUUUAAGAGGUCAAAUGUAACCACAUAAACCAAAUUUUAAUCGUACUAAAUGCUGGAUCUGAUGACUAUAAAACAACGAUUUGCCAAAAUAUUUUGGAUCAAAUCCGACUUUGUUAUUCUAAUAUUUCUAUUCUAUUCAAUUAGCAUCGACUGAAGCGGCAUGUUAUCGAUUUCAAUGCCAAAGCACUGACAGAAUGCGUUAAAUUCAGCAUUCGUCGUGUCUGUAAGUUACGCUGGGAAUUUUAUAUUCCCAGCAUUAAAAUUUUAACUUGGCAAAUUAUAUACGUUUAUUUGUAUACUGGAGUCAAGUACAAAAACAUGAUAAUGAUUAUCAUUCCGCCGCUAUUAAGCUCAAUUCUGGCUUCCUAGUAAACAUAAUACUCCACUAAUGAUACAAACCAAAAAAUGAUCAAAACAAUUUUUUGCCACUGUAUAAAUUAUAUGUUGAUCAAUUUCAAUCGUAGCACAGUUGGCCACCCUUACAAUGUAAUACGGAAAUUAAUGAAAAAUAAAAAAAAUUUGCAUUUUGAAAUUCGACACCGUGUUCUAAUGGCCAUCGACUGACACUGUCUUUUUUGUGCUAUUUUUUGUUUGUUUUGCUAUGCUGUACUUAACGUAAUAGUCAAUACGAUUUUUCCAUGGCCAACGUUAUACUUAAUGUAAAGAAGCCACCAUCUACAGAUUGUUUAGUAUGAAAUAUUCACUGUGGGCGAGGAUGACUAGCUUUAUUCUCAAUCCUACUAUGUGGAUUAUUACAUGUAAACGUAGUAAUCUACUGUAACGACUUAACAUAGAAAAUUCCAUUUAAGUAAUUAGAUAUUUAUAGCUGAUAAUCAUGUGUUGUUGUUAUUCAUAUGGUGUCAUCUGCUAUUCGAUGUAUUGUCACAUGAAACAGAAGUAUGCGUGAUUGUCUACUCAAUAUCCAAUCUUUUUAUAUUGUUGUAAAUAGAAAUAUAGUAUAUCAAUUCCGAAAUCCAAUUUUUAUGGCUUUUUUUUUAUUAAGCCUUCUCACUUCACUUUUAUCCGCACCCUUUUUGAUUUCUGGUAUUUUUAUUACCAUUUUAGAUGUAGUAACAAUAUGUCGACCGCCAACGCUUGAACAAUAAUAUAAGAACCGGUGAUAUUUGUAUAUCCUUGUCUCGGAUUGAUAUGGCAAUACUGACUUACAAUUGCCACAACAAAUUGCACACAAAUUUUAAAUUUUUUAGGUUCAUGUCAAUCGAUUUGCAAUGAAUUUUUGAAUGGAGUCUGCUUUCACAGACAUGUUCAUGAAUAAUUCAAUGCCCACCUCCAGACUUGUAUACGUACUUUAAAUCAGUCUCAAUGCUUACCAGGACAGAAGACUUGUCAUCUCAAAAGUCAAAUUGGUUCCGCGAUGGCAGGGGCUGGUCCUUUUCUUACGCUGUUCCGAAAUGUUUCACUUCCUUUUUUUUUGUUUCUCCCAACUUUUGUGUCGGUCGUCAUAAUUUUAUCGUUGAAUUAUGCCGUGUCGAGCAUGCCUCGUAUUUCGUUUGUUUGAUUUUUGCCUUUGUAUUUUUGAGUUCCAUUCCUUAUAGUAUUUUAGGCCUGACUUGUUAUUAUUAUCCUUAUCUUAUUCCUAAUUAUUAUUCCUAUUUUUCAGUUUUUCACUUUUGUUUUGGUUUUGAUCCACCCGUCGUUAUUUUUUUGUUGACUUUCGAUAUUAUAAACUAAAGAAAAAUGCUUUUGUAUUUGAUUACUGACUUGGGUUCAACUAAAAAACACGAAUCUAUUCUGAUGCGAAAACUAGUUCUAUUGUUUUGUAUCU